AUGAAUAUGGAAUCCCCGUUUUCACCACCUGUCCUCUAUUUAACAGAUGAUGAUAACGAUGGUGACACUCAAAUUGAUUUAAGUAUGCCAUACGGUAAUUCAUUUAAAACUACAAUGAACGAAAAUUUACCACAUAAAAAACGAAAAUUACCCAAUACAAAUGCGCAUAUUAAUCCAUCAAUGUUGAAUUGGUCAAAACGACAACGAAAUGAUAAUUAUGGUUAUCAUCAUCAUCAUUAUCAACAGCAACAACAACAAUUACAUAUGACUAAACAUUUCAUUAACCAUGACCCUGAAACGAUAGUUAUUGAUCCAGAUGAAUCUAUUAAUGAACAACAAGAAUCUCAUUCGUUUUUUGCCUUUGAUUGGUCAAGUGAAUCACCUACAUCUACAAGAACAUAUUUAAAUCCAAUUCAAACAGCAUCUCGUGUUUCAAUGCCACCCUUAAAUACUGUGAUGAAUACUACGAAACAUCAUUUAGAUCCAUCUGAAACAGUUCCACUGUUUCCAAGAAUUCAUCCAAAUGAUAGAUAUUUGCAACAAGCACAACGAAAAACGAUAAAUAUUCCCAUGUCUUCAAGUUCAUCACCACCAUUACCAUUCAUUAUUGUUCAUAUAUCAAAGAUCAUCUCUGUAACAACAUCAGCAUUUACUCGACCUACUGCUCAACGUGUUCAACCAGGAAAAAUCAUUCGAAUCCCUUAUGCACAUUCCAUACCACCACCACCACCACCCGUGAUAGUUGGUCAUAGAAAUGAACCUAUGUAUCAACCAACAUUUCAUUCACCACCGCCUGUUCCACUAUUAGCAACAACACCAACACCAGAAAUUCGCCGUCAAGCACUUAAUGGUAAUGGUAUUUUAUCAGCAUUUUAUGAUUCAAAAUGUUAUCGAUGUAAUAUUUGUAAAUUUAAAAGUGUUACAAGUUCACUACUUCUUCAACAUCUUUUUACUCAUAUAUUUUUUUGUCAUCAAUGUUCAUUUUAUACAUAUUCACAUCAUAAUUUAUAUCAACAUAUAUUUGAAAAACAUCAUUCACAUUUUAAUGAUGAUAAUUUUGAUCCAAAAAAGUUAGAUUUACUUUAUGUUACACGUUGUCAAGAUGGAACAUUUGCUUUAUGUAUGGAUUCAUCACCACCACAAAGCAAAAUAUCGACAUCAUCAUCAACAAUAACACAUACUGAUGAACAAUUGAGUAAUUCAUCAACAACCAAUAAUAUUCAAAAACCUAAACGUAAACCUCUCAAGAAAAAACCUCCAGUACAAAACAAAGUUUUAGAUACUGAUAUUGUACUUUUACCAGAAAAGCAGGAUAUUAAGUCUCAACCAUCGUCAUCAUCAUUAUCGUCAUCAUCAUUAUCAUCAUCAUCAUUACCAAUAAAAAAACAUUCAAAAUCUACAGAAAAACAAACACAUACAUAUGUUUUAAUGAAACAUCGUCGUUGCUUUUCAAGUAGAAAUCCAUUGUGUUUACAUUCAUUAACAUUAGAAUAUAUGAUAUGUCGAGAACAUACUAUUAGACGUAUGUGUAAAACACAAGGAAUAUUAAAAAGACAAAACAUUCAACCGAAACUCACAGAAUUAAGAUUGAUCGAUGAAGUAUCAAAAUGUUUGAAAACAAUUAUAAAUGAUAUUGUGGAUAUGGAAGAAUACAGAGAUUCACAUAAUCUUAUAUGUGCCUUGCCAAAUAAUAUUAUCAAUUUAAUCUUCCCAACUGAAGAUCUUAAUACAUUAAUGAGUACAUUAAAAUUAAAUAAUAGAUAUGAUAAAGCGAUUGAACAAAAUCAUCAAUAUGAUUCUGAACAUUCCGUACGUAAAAAUACCAAACAUAUUUUUAUAUUAUCUUCAUCGGAAACGAAUAAUAAUGAGCAAAUCAUUUUAACAUCAUUGCAUUCAUCAAUAACAAAUACGGAUUCAACUUUUAUACAGACAACACUUAAUAAAUUACCAAUAUCAUACGAAAAUACACAUCGAUUUUUAAAAGGAACUAUUAAGCCUUUUCCACGAACGACUGAUUCGAAUUCAAAACCAUUAAAAAAGAAUAACAUGACUUCAACACCAACUCCAUCAGGAAAUCCUGAACCAAUUUAUUCUUAUGCCACUAAACUAGCACAACAUAAAAGUUCUUCAUCUACAUCGCCAAUAAUUGAUAGAAAUAAUAAUUCAAUUGCAUCAUCAGCACCAAAAAAAUCUUCAACACCAAGUGUUAUUAUUCUUGACUAA